AUGGGGAGGCCCGCCAACGGGCGCUGUCUGGGCGACGCGAGCGGCGAGAGCGACUCGACGCUCGGCACAGGCUCGGCGAGCAUCAACCAUGGAGAAAGCCCCUUGCUUCGCCGGCGCCACUGUUCAUCGUCUCCACGCACGGCGGCGCCCGAUCUAGAUCGAGGGGAGGAGCCCCUCGAGCCCGAGCUCCUUCGCCUCCCGCCACUCCUUCCACUCGGCAGCGCGGCGCCUCAUCUCCUCGCCCCUCUCCGCCUCGCCGCCAGCAACCGCCCGUUCCUCUGGGUCAUGUGGCCCGGCCUCGUCGCCGGCGACCGCGGCAUGGAAGCCUUGCCCGCCGACUUCCUCGCGGAGACCAAAGGGUGGCGCUUCAUCGCCGAGUGGUGCGCGCAGGAGCAGGUGCUGCGGCACCGCGCCGUGGGGGGCUUCCUGACGCACAGCGGGUGGAACUCGACGAUGGAGAGCAUCUGGGCCGGCGUGCCGAUGAUUUGCGCGCCGGGGUUCACGGACCAGUACAUCAACAGCCGGUACGUGUGCGGGGAGUGGGGCGUCGGGCUGCGCCUGGACGAGCAGCUGCGGCGAGAGCAGGUGGCGGCGCACAUCGAGGAGCUCAUGGGCGGUGGCGAGAGGGGCGAGGAGAUGAGGCGCCGCGCCGCCGAGUGGAAGGAGCGGCGGUUACGGGAGGCGAAGGAGCUCGGGUUCGAGGGGCUCCUCCCCUCGAUCUAG